GACCGGAGUUGGGGUGGGGAGAGGGACAAGUUAAACGAGUGAGGUGGCAUUCAUCCGGUUCCUGCUUCUAGCAACACAGCAAAUGAUAGAUUGUACAACAAGCUUUUGCUCUAUCACUAUAGCCUAGCCAACUAUUGUGCAGAAUGAGAUAUGCUUGCAUCAUAGCCUAUAGACUACCCUGCGUUUAUUCAGACUUCAAUAAGCGGCAAGUAGCCUAAAGCCCAGGGCUGAGAGGAAACAGGCUAUCGAGAGGCAGGACUACGCUGGAAUAAACCCUGCAGUCUCACCCAUGCUUCCUCCCGAAUAGCCUUCUUCUCCAGCUGUUUUACACUGUCCCCACUACUGUUUUGACGUUAUUUAUUUUUUCUGCAAAGGAAAGAACCGAACCAUGGAACUUCUUUGCUUCGAGGACAAAGUCGUGCUUGCCCAAAUUGACCCCAACAUUCUCUAUGACGACAGAGUAUUGCAAAGUCUGCUAACCAUAGAAGACAGGUUUCUACCGCAAUGUUCGUAUUUUAAAUGUGUCCAGCAGGACAUUCAGCCACAUAUGAGGCGAAUGGUUGCAGGAUGGAUGCACGAGGUUUGUGAGCGUUUUUAGCCUACAUGUGCAUUGGUCAGGUUUGUGAAGAGGAGAAGAGUGAGGAAGACGUUUUCCCCUUGGCUAUUAAUUAUUUGGACAGAUUUUUAGCGGUGGCGCCCACUAGAAAGUGUUAUUUGCAACUUCUAGGAGCUGUAUGCAUGUUCCUUGCAACAAAGUUAAAGGAGAGUCGUCCAUUAACUGCAGAAAAGCUGUGCAUGUACACAGACAACUCCAUCACACCAAGGGAGCUGCUGGAGUGGGAGUUGGUGGUACUAGGGAAGUUGAAGUGGAACAUGGCGGCAGUCAUCCCAAACGACUUUGUGGAUCACAUCCUGCACAGACUGCCCCUGCCGAAAGAUAAGCUAUCUGUGGUCCGCAAGCACACACAGACAUUCAUCGCCCUGUGUGCCACAGAUUUCAGCUUCGCUAUGAACCCCCCCUCAAUGAUCGCUACGGGCAGCGUGGGGGCGGCCGUCUGCGGCCUGCAGCUGGACCAAUCAGACCAGGCCCUGAGUCGAGACCGUCUGACUGACCUGCUGGCCAAGAUCACCAACACAGAGGUGGACUGUCUGAAGGCGUGUCAGGAGCAGAUAGAGAGGGUGUUGGCCAGUAGCCUGCAGCAGGAGCAACAGCAGCAGAGGCAGAUGGCCCAAGGCAGACCGGGCAGCAAGGCCAUGGAGCAGCAAGACCAAUCCAGAACCCCAACAGACGUAUCCAGCACCCCAACAGACGUACGCGACGUCAACCUAUGAGCUCCCCCCCCCCACCACCACCAUCUACAAGAGUGACGCCCACCAGCGAGCUCCCAACAAUUACGUCGCUCUGUCAAUCUAUGGGAUCUAACAACAUUCGCAAUGUCAAGCAAUGAGCUGCCAGCACAUACGCCAAGUCAACCAAUGAACUCCCACCACUAAAUGCCACACCAACCUACGAGUUCCCACCCUUGUUUGUUAAGUCAACCUGUGAGGUCCCACAAAGUUUGGGUUGGCAAUCUGAGCUGUCAACAGCAUUAUGCUGGAAUUAUCAACUGAUAAGAACUUUUACAAACAAUAUAGAGAAUAGGUAAAAAAAAUAAAAAUGGGUGGCUCCCAUCUAUAUUUAGCUGGUCACAUAUUGACAUAUGUGCCAUAUUGAAUUAAACAAGCUUUUUUAGACCCAAUGUAUUUGAAAACUUGAUAGUGCCUUAGGUUUGCAGAAAGGAAACUUGAAUAGAUUUGCAUCAUUGAAUUAUUAAAUAUAGAAAUAUUAGUUUUUUUACUUGAUAAAAAUACAAAAUAUAGUUUUUCACUCUAAAAAAGCUAGCAAAAACAUUCAUAUUAUUGUAUUUUAAUUAUUGUUAUUCUAGAUAUUGUUAUCAUUAUUUCAAUAUAAUUUAGUUUUAUGAUUAUUAUAAUAAUUGUUAAUCAUUAGUAAGCAUUUAUCAAUUUCACAGUGGCUGGGUGUUUCCCUCAAUUUCAAAUACAGGAAGCCCCUGUAGUACUGUGCGCAUUACAUUAAGUACUGGUUUGGUCCUGCACAGUGUUCAUACACCUUUAUUUAGGAGAAGCUAAUGUACAGGAUGAAGAGAGCGGUAUCUCCUGCCUGCUUAGCUCUGCAUCUGUAGCACUGCUUCCUAUUUAUGCUCUUAUAUGCUGGCCAGGAGAGGGCUGGGCCCACUCACACAUAACACAAAGAGAGCGAGAGGGUGUAGAGAGACACAGGUAAGGUGUCCUGAGGGUGUGUAUAUACUGCCCCCUAAGGGUGAGAGCAAGGACAGAACAACUCAGCUGUUAAGGUCUUGAUUUCAUUGCCAAGUUAAUACCAAGCCAAUAUUUACUUUCUAAUUGAACAAAGCUAUUUUUGUUGUUAUAUGUUAUUGGGUUGUGUGCUCUGAGAAACUCCUGCAUGUUAUUAGAAAAUUGAUUGAGGAUCAUAUAUACCUUUUAUACCAGGGAGCACUGUUUUAAGUCUGUCAGUAACCUUGGCGUGAAAGCAUGUUUUCGUUCUGGGUCAGACAAAGCCAAUACUAGGGAAAGGGAGACAGCAUGUUGGAGGGAUGGUCUUAGUCUGGAGAUGAGAAUGAAACUACAGUUUGUUAGUGUCAGAUGGCUUGUUAAAAAAGUUUUGUAGAGUUGGAGUGUGGAACAUUUAGAGCAGUGAAAGUUUGGCAAAAGUGGAGUAGCCUAUUGGAGAGUGAGAGGAGAUGGCAAAAAGGGGAGGUUUUGAGAAUGGAACUAGAGACGGCACGAUUGGUGCCAUGAAAUGAAGGACUGCAAACAGUUCAAAUGAGGGGGAAAUGGAUGAAGACAUUGGUAGGAAGCUCUUGUGGCACACCAGAACAAGCCUGUUCUUGAUUGGAAGGGCUGCAGGCGGUUGUCAUUCUGAUAGGUCAAGAGUUGAUCACGAGGGAGACGUUUGGUGUGCUGGAACAUUUCCUGUAAGGGCCUGUUGUUAAAUCCAACUAGAUAUUUAAGUCAUGGUCAAAGACUUGGAUCAACCUAAAUGCACUUUUAAAAACAUGUUCCUUAAAAGCUUAAGGGGAUGGUGAUCAAAUGGGGUAGGUGGGUUUUCUAAUGUUUUUAUUUUUUUAUAAUUUUAUUUUUUAAUUUUAAGUUAUUUGAUAUUCUCUGGGCUGGAUCCCCACUUCGGGUGAUGCACAAGGACUAGAAGGAAUUUCCUGACCAAUGAGUAGGAGAAGGGUUUACCAACAUGGAACCAAAUCAAUUGCAAUCCAAACCUAGGAAAGCAUUAAAAAUCACAUCUAGACUUGAUUAUUUGAAUACAUCCAUUUAACUUGAAUUUUAUUUUUGCCUGCUUCAUAUCCAAAUCAAUAUGAUGGUCCUAAGAAAGGAUUACACAAUGUUUUUUUUCUGGUUCAUAGUUUUUUCUUGUAUUUUGUUUUGCUCCACAGUUCAGCUUGUUUUUCAGAGAGAAAAGAAAUAACAUAUGGACUUUAAACCUAUAGGCAGAAAACUGCUAUUUACUUUUGGCAACCACGUUCACCAAUGCAGAAAGUAUUUAAAACCUAUUUUCUUUUUCUCAUGAAACGCAAUUUGCUAUAAACUGAGAAAAUAUAUGGGUAAGCAUUUAAAGUUUUGUUUGUGUUAAUUACUUAAAGUAAUUGAGUGAUUUAAGUGAUGAAAGACUAAAUGGAUCUGUUUUAUCUUAGAUAUAUUUUUCUUGCUGCUAUUAAGCCUGUUGUUUUUCAAUCUUAGAAUUGUGAUAUUCACUUGUGCUGCUAAAUUAUGAAUUUUAAAGAAUCCUAUUUCCUUGCUUUUUCCUUGCUGUAUGUAAACUGGUGAGCGGUAAAGUGGGACACGUCUUCGACUGGAAGUACCUUCUGCAGUUUUCUAAAAUAGCAUGUUUUACUCUUUCCAUUUAUCUGGUGUUCUGUCGUUUCCUUGCUGCAUUCUACCAUUGAAAUGUUGUUGUACCUCAGGUUCAUUGGACAAUACCUCACAACUCAGCAGUUUUUCAGGGAGUUAGUAGAAUCAAAUCUGACUCUGAUGCGUUUUGAUAGGUUCUAGAUUUUUUUUCCUGGAUGAGAGGCAGGAGAUUCACGUGGCACCUCCUCUCUUCAGACAACAAGUUCCUUGUCAUCCGUCAGAUUACACUGAUCUGUCGUUGGCCAAGUAAAGGACCAAAUACCAGGUAUUUCAUAUACCUAGUGCUAAAUAAGAGAUGGCUAUAUAAAAUGUAUUUGGAAAACAAACAAAAAAUAUAUUUUCUUAUUUUUCCUAUUUACGAGUUACAACCUAAUUGGCACAUUUAGGGUCAGUGUAUUGGAUUAAGUGGAAUGCAUUUUGUGAGGUACCCAUUUAGUGAGUUUUUUUUAUAUGAUCAAAAAAUGUUUGUGUGGAAAACUGUGGAAUUCCAGUUUGUUUUGACCCCCACCACUGCCAACCACAUGUACCUCAGAAGUGUCUGAUCCACAACUUCUGUUCAAUAAAUUUGACCCACAAAAAAGAG